AAUUAAUUCACUAUCAAUCAAUUUUGCCGCUUGCGGUUUGUGAUCGUUUUCAUUGUGCAACGUUUACGCUUAAAUAGUGUGUACCAUCAACGAAGCGCUUGAUUUAUGCGAGAUAACAAGUUCAAGGUGUCGUACAUUUGUGUGCUUGCAUUGGUCCAUCGCUGUUUUACGCGGUCGGUCGUGUAAGUCGAACAACACUGCCUGUAAUUACGUAGCUCCAAAGGUUACUUUUAAGUUAUAUCAUGAGUAAUUUACAAUUUGCUGUGUCCGAGUUUCUGGAGAGAGUACCAGUCUUGCCAUUAGUUGUAGGCGUUGGGUCAGCAAUAGUCCUUGUGACGGUUGUUGCCAACUGCUUAUGGGGCAGGAAGAGUAAAAAGCCGAAGAAGCUUGUCGCUCUUGUGGACCCAAAUGUGAAAUAUGCCCUGCCUUUAAUUGAGAGGGAGGAAAUCAGCCAUGACACAAGGAGAUUCCGGUUUGGACUACCGAGUCAUGAUCAUGUUUUAGGACUGCCCAUUGGUCAACAUAUCCACUUAUCGGCUAAGAUUGAUGAUGAUCUUGUAAUCAGAGCAUACACUCCAGUAUCAAGUGAUGAAGAGAAGGGCUAUGUUGAUUUGGUUAUUAAGGUGUACUUCAAAAACGUUCAUCCAAAAUUCCCUGAUGGAGGCAAAAUGUCUCAACACUUGAACAACAUGAAGCUUGGGGACACUAUUGAUGUUCGAGGACCAUCGGGCAGGCUUCAGUAUGCAGGAAAUGGAACAUUCAUGAUCAAAAAGAUGAGGAAAGACCCACCAAUCAAAGUUGUUGCAAAGCAAAUGAACAUGAUUGCAGGUGGCACUGGCAUUGCGCCAAUGCUCCAACUGAUCCGGCACAUCUGCCGAGACGUCAACGACCGCACCCAACUGCGGCUGCUCUUCGCCAACCAGACGCAGGAAGAUAUCCUGCUGAGGAACGAACUGGAGAUGUACCAGAAAGACCACCCGGACCAGUUCAAAUUGUGGUACACAGUAGACAGGCCUAGUGAAGGAUGGACAUACAGCACCGGUUUCAUCAACGAUGAAAUGAUCCGCGACCACCUCUUCCCUCCGAGCAAUGACGUCAUCACACUCAUGUGUGGGCCACCACCGAUGAUCAACUUCGCCUGUAACCCGGCGCUGGAGAAACUAGGUUACUCAGAAGACCUUCGCUUCGCCUACUAAGGUUAUUAUUGGGGUAGUAUUUAAACGAGUGACUGUAAAUUUAUGUUGUAAGUGUCUAAAAUAAUUAAUGUGGGCUAAAGAAUUACUAAGUGAGCGACUGAGUGCGAGUGACGAAAAAUCAAAAGAAUAGCAACUUACAAAAAAAAAUUGAGUUCCUUAAAAUACAAAAUGAGAAGCUUCAUAAUAUAAAUUUGAGCGACCUAUUUUGAUUGAGGGUCAACGUUAGGUCCUGCAUUUUUUUCAACAUUUGGCAAAUGGUUUUUUUAUACUGAGCGGUUAUUUUGAACUUUAAUGAAGUGUUUCGAAUGCAAAAACUACUUUGAAAAAUACUAUUAUAUGAGCAGCGUAUUAUGAGCCCACAUUUAAAUAAAAAAUGAUCUUAUGAAAUAAAUAUUUGACGGAACACUAUUCUAGUAGCGAAAAAAAUAAAUUAU